CUUCAACAAGAAAUCUCAACGUUCUCGUCUUUUUAUUUCGAGCGUGACGUCAUCACCAGAAGGAAGAGACCUGCCCGGAACGAUGACAUUAGCGAGGAUUCAUAUGAAAAUGUAGUUUCCAUCUUCAAUUACCCAGACAGAGGUAAAGGUGCUGCGACAUGGCGAUACAUCUUGGGUGGGGAAUUACAAAUUGCGCAUACUUAUAUCCUCAUGAAUUGUCCAGAAAUCUUACCAUUUUAUCUUGAAUUCAGAGCUUCUUUAUCAGCCUUUCCUAAGAAUGAAAUUGAUUCAAUGGUGGACUCUGAUUUUGUAAAUUGGUACAAGUAUCAGAUCAAUAGCCGUGGGAUUGUCGAUCCUCCGUUAGUAGCAUUAUCGUAGGGCCCAAGUGCCAGUGCCAAAGUGUGGCGGUCAUAUGUGAUAAACGGUUACACAUAUCACACAGCCGCUUACGGACAGGGUCGACCAACAACGAACAGCGGGUUAUGUGUCCCGACCAUCGGUUAUGAUAACUCGGAAACCAAUUUUUUUGGUGUGCUGCAUGAGAUUCUGGAACUUGAAAUGCCUUGUGGUGCGCAAAAAUUGACAUGCGUUCUGUUCCGCUGCAAAUGGGUCGAUCUCACACGUGGUGUGAGAAAAAAUUCGAAGUAUAAUAUGAUUGACGUCAAGCACUCUCGUGUGUAUGAGAAAAAUGAGACUUUCAUACUCGCCCAACAAGCAGCGCAGAUUUAUUAUGCAGAAUAUCCUUCGACAAGGCAGACACAGAAUCCUUGGGUGUGUGCAUGUACUGUCCGUCCGAACAAAAUUAUAUCACAAACUCAACACAAGGACGUUGAUCUAGAUGCUUUUCAGCAACAAUUUUUCCAACCUCCGCCUAUUGUUGAGACGGUCAACUAUAACGUCCAAUUAAGUGAUCCAAUUAGCGGACGUGUUGAAGUCAUGCCAGAAACACACCUUCCGGACCUAACCAUUCCAUCUAAGCGCGAAAUUGUUGAAAUGUAUGAAGCACAACAAAACGCUCAAUAUCAACAAGAAGGUGAAUGGAUAGACAGUUCAGAUACAGAAGAAGAUACUGUAGUAGAAAAUGAAGAUUCUGAGAGCGACUAAUUGUGCUGUUGUAAUUUUAAUUUUGUGAAAUAAUUACUCCAAGAAUAUUUGAUUUUUUUCUUCAUCA